UAAAAUAUAAAAAAAGUAAAUAUAUGAAAAAAUCAACAGAAAUUCAAUAUAUCUACUAUAUAUAUAAAAAUGAGAUUAAGAUAUACCCAUUGACCCUACUUGACUUCACUCCGGCCUACAAAGAGGGCAAGAUGUUAGGUAACACAAAAUCAACCCAAAUGGUGUGAAGGUUCCUAAAAAGUGUAUAUAUAUAUAUAUAUAUGGAUUUUUACACCUAUUUUAAUUUUAUUUUUGGAAGUGUGAGUUUUGUGCUUUGUGUAUGUCUUUUUUCUCUCUUCUUUUCAUUGAACUUUGUGGGCUUUUAACUUCCUUCCUUCCUUCCUUCUUUGACUCUUAUAAAUUCCUACUUCCAUUUCCAAAAGAAUUACACUUUCAUUUUAAUCUUCUUCAGAAUUAACCCUAACUAUGGAAAUCAACAAAUUCAUCCCUACUCUUCUACUCAUUUGCUUCACAUUUUUCAUGUUAUUUCCAUUUUCACAUGCUGCUCCAACAUUGUUAGAUCAUGAAGGGAAAAUGACUCUCCCUUCAAGUCCUAGGAAGCUCAAGUUCAAUGAAAUGCCAAAUCAGGUGAAAAGCAAUGGAAAUCAAAUGAAUUUGGUACCAUUGAACACUGCACAAUUAACAGGUAAAGAACAUGAGGCAGCUGAAAUGGUAAAUGCAAGAAAAGGGACAAGGCAAGAGUGGGUUGAAGGGAAAGACACUUCUGAAUUCUUCACAAUGGACUACCAUUGGGUUAGACGACGACGUCCCAUACAUAACAAGUCCGUUCGUCCAUAAAAUAACUGUUUCAAACUAGUCAGGAUCGACUUUUUAGUUUGUAUGAAUCUUCAUUAUAGUAUCAUAAUAUAGUAAUUCCCGAUAUCUAAGUAUAAAAAUGUAGUAGGUCUUUGGGAAUACAAUUUUGACGUGUGUUAAGUUUUGUUGUAAUUAAUUAAGAGUUUAAUGAGGAUUAUGUCAUGUUGUACCUUCGUUUAUGGCCGACAUUAAACCCUAAUUUUUGGUAUUAACAAGAAAAAAAGUUUUGAGUUUA